AUGACCGGUACACGAGAUGAUAACCUUGGAAUUAAUGGUGUUUGGAUCCAUACAAGAUUGAUCGUCAUGGUGCAUAGAAACCAAUGUCCAGUUGGUGACCACACCGGCAAUUCUCGAGUCACCGGACUCGUCAGUUCUGGUGAUCAAGUCCUCCACACAUUCACCCUCAUCCUCGUAUUCCAGGCCCAACUCUCUGAUGAAAGUAUCUGCAGGCUUUCUCAAGACCAUAGCAGAGAACAAUUGACCUCCAAGGAAACAGCCACCACCAACAGCAACGUUGGCUUCAAUGAUGGCUAUUUUCAAGUCAGGUCUGGCUUUACCCAAAACAUAAGCAGCGCUCAGACCAGCAGAGCCAGCACCGACGAUGACCACGUCACUUUCGGCAUAGUUGUCGAGAUCGGCAAAUCUUACCAAAUCGAGCCGUGUAAAGGUGUUUAUUUAAUUUUCGAGGGCAAAGAGUCACAAGAUCUUGAGAAACUUAGACUAUCUUCGUUUAUGGCGAUAGACAAGCCCCCGUCGUACGUGAAACCCAAUUUGAAGAGUUUGGAAAAAUGCAUUCCAAAGAACUCCAAGUUGAAGGUUUCCAACGGGGCGUUGGUAUUAAAAAAUGACAUGACGAUUCUAGACACCAUCUAUCUUGAGGCACCCUUCAUGGUGGUUCCCCCGUUUGAUCUGAUCAAGCUGAUCGAAGUGGGAAAGUGCUGUUGCUACUGUGGAGACACAUUGAAGGUUUACGACAAGGGCCGUUUGAAAGACAAGGACGUCCAUGACAUAUCGGACGAAAAACAUGCCCGGUUUAUGAGUGGCUUGGACUGCGCCGACUGCUCUUGCAAGUGGUGCUCGCAAUCUUGUCGUAAACAGGAUUUCUCCCACUCCAUGUUGCACCACCAACCCACUAACAAGGCUAUGACCAACCAACUUACAAAUUCUCGCGGAGAAAAGCUGAUCCUGCUUUACGAUCGAUGGGUCAGCUUCAGAAAGCGCAUUCUGGAGCAGAAUUUGGAGUGGGUUUACUGUGGACUAUACGUUGCUUUGCAACUGUUCCACAAUCCCGAGUUGAAAGACGGUUUUAUGGGUCUGCGCCAGGUGUCUCGAGAAGACCAGAUGGACUUUCUUGGUCCUGACACGGACUAUUUUACGCUUUAUGAGGAUUUGGCAGGAUGUUUCAAGAACUUUAAGAUGCCCAAAGAGGAAUUUGUGCAGUGCGUAUCAAUUUUCAAGCUCAACAACUACAAUAGUGGAAUUUACUUGAUUACGAGCUUCCUAAGCGACCCUGCAGUGGAGGCUAAUUGCACGAUUUCUCCAUUUGAGAUGGAGACUGCACAUUCGUACGAGGAUUUCAAAAUCGAUGUUGUUGACGACCACAAUGUCAAGCUCACAAAGCAGAAGCACAUGGAGUCAUAUCGAAAGCCAAUUUUCACCAACAGUUUGAAAAUUGACAGGAAAAUAGUGCGUGUUGCUAGCGGACGUAACAUUCCACAGAACGAACCUUUGAAUGCGUGUGAAAUGCACGAACCAGGGUCAGUUUGCUCCAGCUCGGAUGACUCGUUGAUGGACAAGAGCGCACAUGUUUCGCAGUCGACUUUAGAGAAACCAAAUAAGCGCACCGCGUCGUUCACAUCAUCGGGAAAUUCGUUCGGGGAAGGAAUUAUCAAGUACAAUAGAGACCAGAUUAGGGAGAUGCUUGCAGAGAUGACUAUUGAAUCGGACGACAGUGACUCAGAGACACCCAUUCAGCUCGAGGUCCCGGAGCAAUUCGGAAAGCUCCGCCGCAAGAGUGUGCGGUUCGAAAGUUGA